AUGCAAACUGAAUCUUUAAGAGAAUUGGAACCACCGUCUUAUGAAGAAUCCGUUUAUUUUAUUGAUCUACAAAAAACUCAAAAGAAGAAACCAAUACCCUGUCUUUAUGACAAAAAAACAAAUGUCCCUUUGGUAAAUCAAGAUGUUACAUAUUUAUUCCCAAUUGAAGACAAGAUUAUACCCUUUACGAUGGAACAUCAGGAUGAAGAAUUUAGUGAACAAAUGGAGGCUCGUCUUGAAAGAGUAUCAUCAUGUCUUCAACAGAUGAUUGAAACAGCACAAGAAAGUUUACGUGAUUCAUCUAUACCAUCCUCAGUCGACAUACCUAUACAAGAACAAAAGAUCAACAGAAGAAGAUCAUUAGAACGAUUCCGUAAGAGUCAAUCGAGUUUAGCUCGUACUAUUGAUGCAUUGAAUACCUCCAUCACUCAACAUGUCAUUAUGGAUUGCAUCCACUCAUCCAUAGAGUACUACGAUACCCAACAGCAGGAAGCACUGAAAAAUCAAUAUCAAUAUCAUCAUCAUCAUCAUCAUCAUCAUCAUCAUCAUCAUCAUCAACGAACCACAACAUCCAACCGACGAUCAACAUCAUGGAUGGGUGUUUUGACACAGGCAGGCUUGAUAUUCAGCGUUCUUCAUUAUCUGUUAUAUUGGUCCAAAACGACUUCCUUUACUAUCAGCUUGGCCUGGUUCUUAUGUGCCUUAUGGAUCAAGAAAAGAAAACCUGUUCAUCGAUUCUUUCGUUUGUCUUUGAUUUAUUCUUUUUCUAUUACCUCUAUAUCUUGGGAUCAUCUUUAUUCUACGUUGGAUAGGAUUUUUUGGAAAUCCAAAUGA